UUCUACCUGACAACUUUUGCGUCCGGAGCUGCGUCGCGGGCGCGCGUGGACGCGCAACUACCUAUUACAAACCUGCAGAUUCACUUCAAGGACAUCCUCAAUCACGCUUUUCGGUGUGAGCCCUACCAGUGUGGCCCCACGUCGGCCCACAGCCUGACGGCGCACGCACGCAGCCAUGCGGCCCUCCGCGAUGCUCGCCGGCCUGUCCCUGCUGGCCGUCUGCCUGGCCGGCGUGGCCGCGCAGUCCUCCACGCCCGGGGAGGGCGACACGCGACCUAGCGUGCCAGCCCCGAAGACGACGACGCCCAGAGCCGCGGUCACCAGGGUGCCCACCAGGUCGACUACCAAAGACCCCGGGCCGGACCCACGAAACCCGUUCAAGUACUAUGCGCGAAGGCAGGAGAAACUCGUCAAGACCCUCAUGAAGACCAUCACCGAGCACGUGACGCCGCAGUUCUUGGGAGACAUCUCGCAGCUCAAUCUCACCGGCGACUGCACCUACGGAUUAUUCAAGAUGAUCUUCGGCGUCAAGCAGCUCAAGCCGUGGGCCAUAAAAAUGCUGGACGCGAGCGGGAAAAUGCCUGACGGACUGUUCUACGGUUCACUGGCCGCAUUCGGAGACAUGGGCGAGUGCCUGCACGUGCGGGCCAUCAACCGGCGUCUCAACGGGAAACUUGAAGAGUACUUCCAAGGCCAGUACUGCGCUCUGAACAUCCGCUUCAAGCUACCGCCAAAGCCAGCCCGAUAUAGCCCCAAGACAUACCUGAGGAAUCUUACCGAUGAGGUGCCUCUCUAUAAGCAUCUCCUAGGAGACGUGUCGGUGGGCUACUUCUACUUCACACCCAUCCGGAUGGCACUGUGCGUGCCUUCGACGUGCACGCAGACUGACAUCCAGACAUUGGGAAGCGCCGUUGGAGAUUUGGCACAAAUGGACGUGUCAGUGCCCUUCUGUGAGAAACUAAAGCCGACCACGUACACGACGCUCCAGCUCAUUGCCAUGGGCAUCUUGGCGUUCUUCUUCUGCCUGGUGGUGCUGGGCACGUUCCUAGAUGUGGCACCAAGGUUGCUGAACAGCUGGAUCAGUCACGAAAACGCAUCCCAGUGCUCGGAGAAGGAGAAGGUGAUGAACAAUAACGUCGUGCUGGACGUCCUUCUGUCGUUCUCUGCCUUCUCGAACGGCAAGCGGCUGCUGAGCACGCGCACGGCCAUCGGGGUGCUGGAGCCGCUGCAUGGCAUGCGCGUCAUCACCAUGGCCUGGAUCAUCCUGGGACACACGUUCUUCUACAAGAGCUACGUGCUUUCAGGCGGCCUCUUCGAAGCGCUCGAGUAUGGCAAGUCGUUCCCCUUCCAGAUUGUCCUCAACGUGUUUCCUGCCGUCGAGACCUUCGUCACCAUGUCCGGCAUUUUGGUGGCAUAUAGCAGCCUGCACAAGCUUGAGAAGCGCCAGGGUUCUUUCAAUCCAUUCAGCUAUUUUCUCCAUCGGUAUCUAAGGUUAACACCGGCCUUCAUACUAGUGUCUCUUCUGAUGAUCUUGCUGCCACUCACCGGUAGCGGACCAGUCUGGAACGAAACUCUGCAGCCAUUCGCAAAAGCCUGCGAGAAAAGGUGGUGGACGAAUAUUCUCUACAUCGGCUCAUGGUUCCACAGAGAAGACAUGUGCUUGCCUCACGGAUGGUACCUUUCGUGCGACAUGCACUACUACAUCAUUGCCCCCAUCAUAUUCAUGCUGAUGUUCAGGAGGCCGUCGGUGAGCUUCGCGCUGCUGGCCAUUCUGGGGGCCUCAUCCAUCAUCGCUGUUGGUGUGCUCACGUACAUCUGGCAGUUCCCGCCCAUCCCCAUAUUUGUGGACCCUGAUCCAGAUCACUUCAACGAAUACAUGAGCUUCAUCGGAUACCGGCCGUACACGCACCUCACAUCCUUCUGCAUCGGCAUGGCCACGGGCUACUUCCUUUACAAGAACAAAACGUUGCACAUCAACAGGGUGGCACGUCUGCUGGGCUGGCUCGCCGCGGCGCUGGUGAACAUGACGGUGGUGUUCGGCGUGUACAACUGGAACGCGUACGAGGCGCCAUCGCUCUCCGUGGCCGUGGCGUACGCGGCGCUCAGCCGCGCUGCCUGGGCGUUCGGCAUCGCCUGGAUAGUGGUCGCCUGUGCCACCGGCAACGGAGGCUUCAUCAACAAGGUCUUGUCGUGGCGGGCCUUCGUGCCACUGAGCCGGCUAACCUACCUCGUGUACCUGGUGCACCCGCUGCUCAUACUGUGGCACACCGCCUACCUCAAGAAGCCCUUCUACACCACGCAGUUCUUUGUGGGCUACGUCUACCUGGGCCACCUGUUCUCGGCCUACUGUCUCUCCUUUUCGCUGAGCUUGACUUUCGAGUCGCCUUUCAUCCUGCUCGAGAGGAUACUUCUGGGAAAGUCAGCCCGCCAAAUGGGCUAUCAACCCGAGAAGACAGACAAGAUCUUGGCGCGGGACUUUUCCAAGAACCCGGACUCGCUCACUACCAAGACGUUCGAGAAUGGCUCCAGCAGCUGCGGUGUUUAAGUGCGACAUCACGAAGAUGCGCGUGCGCACAUCUUUCGUCGACUGCAUUCUCCACGAGGAAGCCGUGCACGCUUCACAUUGUGCCUCCUAUGUGCUUGCUCAAAGGACGUCCGCAGGGAACUGCCCUCAAGUGAUACAGGGCUGAGAACUCCUACAGAUGGAUGCUCGUUUUUAAAACUAUGCAGGGUGUGUGCGUGCCUUCAGUUAUUUUUUUUUUUGCUAGCUCCAUUUUUUUCCUUUCUAUGUAGUCGUGUUAAUUAGGCUUGUUUUCGUAUUUGUGGCAUCAGAGAAGCAGUGGUCACCAGCGGAAGCGGCGCGAUGCGAGUCGGCGUGUAACUUUAUUAGCAUAUUUGGUGGUUAACUUUCUAAUUAUUCAAUGUGCGAAAAAGGCAGAAAGUGUUGCAGCGCCGAGCGCUGUGCUGCACCAACAGCUCUGCUGCUUUUAUCACCUAACACUGAACGUAACUGUGGGUGCACAAAACCUAAUCGAUGACACCAUUAUAUCGAAGUAAUCACACAGAGUAAGGGAAAUGAAAGUGACGCGCUUCCGUCGCCUUUUCCCGCAAAACAGCGAAUCAAGAGCGCGGCUUGUGUACACACACUACACAAGAAGCUGCGCUCGCUUUCAUCGCGUCUCUUUUCGCUUCCCGCUCUCGCGAGGAAAUCACUCUUUGUGCAGUUGCGUGAAACGUGGCGCUAGUGUCAAAGAUCCGUCAAGACAGUUAUACUGUAAUAUCCCGAAUUGUCGCCCACACACAUUUGCUUGCGAAAUAUCAACUGCACAAAAUUCAGCGAGGCUUUCAUACAAAUGUGCGACGUUUUUGCCUGUGGCACUGCAUGGUCAGCGAGGCUUUUGCAGGGGCCGAAGCUUUGUGCCACCUUACUUUACCCGUGGAAAUUAAAGGGGUCCUGAACCACCCCUCAGGCUUGGUGAAGAAGCUCAGUCCGCGGAUAACAUAUGCUGCCGUGAACAUAUCAGCCAAAUUUUGCAGUCGUGCGCGGCGCGUCACCUUUUUUUCUCAAACGCUCUCUCUUCAACAGGAGUGUUCUCGUUUUUCUUUUCGGGCUCCAUAUUUCGUCACGUAGCAUAUUCCCGUGCGUAGCUGCUAUUGGCCAAUAGGUGACAUCAAUCAAGAAGGGCGUUUGGAUCAGUGUGCUUCUUCCUACUGUUACUGUGUAUAUUUAUUGACGCAGUUUAAUAAACAGGCUGAAGUAAAAAUCUGCUUUCGAAUUUCGACAAGAAUUACGUAUUUCCGGAAGAAGCGGACUUUCAUCUGCUCACGCUCGACCGCGGCCGCCUGCGUAGGAACUAAAAUUUGACCAGACUGCUUAUCGGUGUCGUCGCCGGCUGGCCUUUCUAAUUUUUAUUGGUUUUGAACGCUCAACUAGCCUCGAACCGCGCGAACCAUCUGGUCAGACCACACGCACGCUUGUCGGCACGCGCUCACUCCUGGCCGCUCCUGGUUACUUCGUGUUGAGCUAUCGAUAGCGCUUCAAUAUGCACAAGUUCGACAUAGCUACUAUCCGUCGGUCAAGCUGGCGCAGGAGAAAGCCUGUCCGCCCCACGUAGCACAGCUAGACAGGUUCUCACGAGCUCGCACUAAAGUCCUGUCGUGCACAAAGCAAACGCUUCGCAUACGCACUACACUUGCGUGUAGCUGCAGUCUGCUACGUAGCAUAGAUACCGCGGCCACUGCGAGGUGCCGCAAUGAGUCCGCUGGCCGAGCGCAUCUUUGCUCACUGAGGACAACUGCCUCUAGCUUUCAUUUGGCGCAUUGUAGGUGCCAAAAUCAGAAAUAUUGGUUUUUAUGUGAACAUGCAAAUCAAAGUUGAACUGCGCGCCACGGUAACGUUCAGUAGGCGGAGUGUUGUGGGCAUGCCCCGCUCCGCCAUAGCCUUCGCAGUGUAAGGCAUUGAAGGAGUGGAAGCACCGCGAAGGACGUGUUCGAUUGUCAAUAACUCCGCUUCUGCUGAAAGCGUUGAAGUACUUUGUGCGGCAAAAUAUUGCUGAAAUAGCCUGUUUAACUUCAACGGCAUUUAUCCUCUUCGAUAAAAAGUGGUUCAGGGCCCCUUGCAGGGCAUCUUGCAGGGGCCAUGUGCGGUAUUUUAGUGCAGUAGUAGCAUCUAACUCAGCAAU